GACGAAAAUCACAGUGCAACUUUUCCAUUGCCAACGGCAGACAACAAUGAAGACUUCUGAAGUUACUCGUUUUUAUUAACAAAAAUCCAGAAAAAUAUAGUCUUUCGGAGAGAACAGACUUGUUUUAUUUUCUUUAUUCCACAGCAGGGUCGCCCAUUUAUUACGUCACUGUCCGGGGUGACGAGCGCCGACUGCCGCUGGCAAUUCUUCUUUUUUUAAAGUAGCAACUUUGACAGCCAGGUCACGCCGACUCUCGGAUGACAGUCAGCUGCUAACUUUGGAUGCUAAUAAGUGGAAGUGCUAACAAGACGUGUGGCUAACGCUGAAGUGCCGUCACAUUUUGGAAGCGCCGAUUGACGCGACCGACACGGCGCAAUGUGGACAAACAAGCAGCGAGGAAUUCGACUGUCUCAGCAGGAGCUUCUGUGCAAGAACUCCUGUGGUUACUACGGCAACCCCGCGUGGCAGGGCUUCUGCUCCAAAUGUUGGCGGGACCGAGUGCGGCCGGCUGAAGCCCACCAACAUGGCACCAGAGCGAGCAGCGAUGGCACGCCACCGACCUUCUCCAAAUUUGAGGAGAAGAAGAAUAUGGAGAAGGGUCGUCGUAUCAACACCAUGAGAAGACUCUUCUGGGGCAGUCCGUCCCCUCCCAAAGCAGAACCUUCCGACAGCCAGAUGAGCGUGUUAAAAGCCUUCCAGAAGCUGGAACCCGGCGACUUCACCGGUUUCCUCAAGACGCUCCGCAGCCCAUCCUCUCAGCGUCUGCAGUCCCGUUGCACAGCCUUCCUCAACACCAUGGAAGCGUACCAUGAUCUGCCAGUACAGAAGCAGUCAGAUCUCGUGCAAGACUUCUACCAGUCCUUUGCCGAAUACUUCAGUCGUUUUUCAGAAGCGGAGCUCGCUCAGACAAUGGAGCACGUAGAGAAGCUCAUUAUGACCCGGUUGCACAAGUGGGUCUUUUGCCAUGACAGCUGCGAUGACGAGCAGAAGGACCUGACUUUGCAGAGGAGGAUACGCUCUUUAAACUGGGUCACCCCGCAAAUGCUCGGCGUACCUUUCCCGGACGUCCAGAGCGCCGUCACGGGCGACCCCUUUCUUCCCGCCAUAACGGCCAUCAUUGAGAUGGACGCCAAGCGAGCGCCUCAGGACAAGCUGGUGUGCGUGUCCAAAUGCAGCCAGCACGUGUUCGAGGCGCUCUCGACCUCCAACAGCGAGCCGGCCAACGCCGACGACUUCCUGUCCGCCCUGGUCUACGUGGUGCUCAAGGCCAACCCGCCUCGCCUGCACUCCAACAUGCAGUACGUCAUCCGCUUCGGCCUCCCGCACAGCCUCAUGGCCGGAGAGAGCGGGUACUACUUCACCAACCUGUCCUGCGCUGUGGCCUUCAUCGAAAAGCUGGACGGCCCGUCGCUCAACCUCAGCCCGGAGGAGUUCGAGGGCUACAUGCGGCGCCGGCGGGCGCCGGAGUCGGGCGGCGGGCGACGGGACCCGGCGGGCGAGACGCGCCACCUGCUGGACGAGCUUUCGGCGCGACAGGAGCGGCUGGACCGCGGCGUGGACGACCUCAACACGCAACUGAGGAUGUGGGUGCAGGCUGUCCACACGCAAAUUGACCGGGCCACGUCUCAGCUCGCUGUGGCGCAAGAGGAAUUGACGGAGCUCUCGUCGUCGUCGUCGUCGUCGCCGUCGUCCGCUUCUGAUUCGGCUGUCGGAGAACAGCUGGUGCUUACGGAUCGAUUUGUAGGGGCUGCUGAUUCAGACUGUUGAGCCCAAUUCCACCAGGUACGUUUGUUGAGUUUAACGUUUAUCACUUGAUCACAAAAGCACAUCUUAUACUUCCACUUUAAACGUGAAUCAUUUGCACCUGUUAACUAUUUUGUUUACAAAUGAAGAAGAUUAAGUAUAUUCCGAGAUUACCGGCAACUGUGAAAAUGUAGAACUCAGGUUUGUUUCCCCCCCCCCCCCCUCCAAAAAAAAAAAGAAUCUAUAAAUGUAACAUUGAUUGCUUUAUAAAAAUUAAAACGGUCCAUGAUGCUCUUCUAUGGGAAUAUUAACUAAGCAACCUCUAAUAUACUUAUGAACAUAAUGUACCGAAUGCAGUAAUUGCACAUUUUGCUUUUGAAGGGUUUUGAUACCAUGAAAGGGUUGGGGGUGUUAUGUCAAAUUAUAUAUUAAACUUGACGUGGUGAUUU